GGCUGAAAGACGAACGCCCAGCUGGGGCUGCUGGGGCUGCAGGGGCGAGGAGGGGGCUUGUCUUCUUUGCAUUUCGCCGAGAGCCGGAGCAGGCCGAGGGAGGUUUGGAGCAAAGGGGAAUUAUUGAAAGAGGCCGGAAGUGGUGAGAAGCUGUUAGCAGGCGUUGGGGUGAGGAACCGAAGAAAAGGGAGGAAGGUCUGUGUAGGUCGCUGAAGGGAUUGGGUGGUCAGAAAGAAAGCCGGUGGAAGUAAAGCAGAGCGAGUUGUGACUGGAUUUAAGGGGCAGGAGAAGAGGGUCUGUGCAAGUGGGUAGAGAGGGGAUCGAGGAGAAAGCGGUGGAAGUGGCCGGGAGGCAGCGGAGUGACCGGGGUCGGAGGGGCGCCCGACGUGGCCGGGAGGCAGCGGAGCGGAGCUCGAACCGGAGAGUGUUCGGAACUUGGAAGACUUGGUGGCGAACGAGGGUCAGGAGCCGGAGCCUGCCUCGAGGAGUGGGCGACGCGUCCGGGAUGUGGGAUCAGAGGCUGGUGAGAUUGGCCUUGCUGCAGCAGCUUCGGUCCGUCUACGGCAUUAAGGUCAAGGGCGGCCGUGGGCAGUGCGAUCGCAGGAGACACGACGCAGCGGCCGCGGAUACAGGGGCUAAAAUAUUUGGAGUACCUUUUAAUGUAUUGCCUCAUUCUGUUGUACCAGAAUAUGGACACAUUCCAAGCUUUCUUGUUGAAGCUUGCACAUCUUUAGAAGAGCAUAUUCAUACUGAGGGGCUUUUUAGGAAAUCAGGAUCUGUUAUUCGUCUAAAAGCACUAAAGAAUAAACUGGAUCAUGGUGAAGGCUGCCUGGCUUCUGCACCUCCUUGUGAUAUUGCGGGGCUUCUUAAGCAGUUUUUUAGGGAAUUGCCAGAGCCUAUUCUUCCAGCUGAUUUGCAUGAAGCACUUUGCAAAGCUCAACAGUUAGGAACCGAGGAGAAGACUAAAGCUACAUUGUUGCUCUCCUGUCUUAUUGCUGACCACACGGUUCAUAUAUUAAGAUACUUCUUUAACUUUCUCAAGAAUGUUUCUCUUAGGUCCAAUGAGAAUAAGAUGGAUAGCAGCAAUCUUGCAGUAAUAUUUGCACCAAAUCUUCUUCAGACAAGUGAAGGACAUGAAAAGAUGUCUGCAAACACAGAGAAAAGGCUGCGAUUACAGGCUGCAGUAGUACAAACUCUUAUUGAUUGUGCAUCUGAUAUUGGACGAGUACCAGAUUUUAUUCUGGAAAAGAUACCAGCUAUGCUGGGUAUUGAUGCUCUCUGUGCGACUCCAUCCCUAGAAGGCUUUGAAGAAGGUGAAUUAACUCCUGGUGAAUGUAAGAGAAAGCGAAGACAAAGUGUGGGAGAUUUUGUUAAUGGAGCACUCAGUAAACUUAGGUCUACCAGAACACCCACCUUUACACCUCAACCAGAAAGAAUUACCCAGCUAUCUGGAUCACCAGUGAUUCUUACUCCAAAUGCUAAACGUAAACUGCCAGUAGAUUCUUCUCAUGGUUUCUCAAGUAAAAAAAGGAAGUCUGUCAAGCACAACUUUAACUUUGAGCUGUUGCCGAGUAAUCUCUUCAGUAGCAGUUCUACGCCAGUAUCAGGACACUGUGAUACAAGCCCAGGAGGAUCAUCUCAGAGUUCACUCUCUCCUGUCAGUGGAAACCAUUUGAUCAAUGCAGGUGUGCUAAGGCGAAGUAAAAGGAUCGCGGGCAAAAGUGUUUGCAGGGUGGAAUCAGGAAAAGCAGGCUGCUUCUCUCCUAAAAUCAGUAGAAAAGAAAAGGUUCGAAGAUCUCUUCGUUUGAAAUUUAGUCUGGGGAAAAAUAGCAGAGAUGUAAAUGGUUGUUCUGGUGUCAACAGAUAUGAAAAUGUUGGUCGGCGACUUGCAAAUCAACAAAAUUUUAAAAAUAAAAUUGAAUCUGUAAAAACAGGUCUGCUUUUUAGCCCAGAUAUUAAUGAAGGAUUACCGAAGAAAGGUUCAAAAAAGAUCAGUAAAUCUGAGGAAAACUUACUAACUCCAGAGCGACUAGAUAGAACAAGUUAUCGGAUGUCUUGGACAGGGCCUAGUAAUUCAAGUUUUCAAGAAAUGGAUGCAAAUGAAGAUUCUCCAAUAGUGAGAAAUCUUGAGGUGGAAAACUCUUCUUUGGAGCCUGAUAUUACAGUUGAGAAGUCACCUGCUACGUUGUAUGAACUCACUCCUUCCAGUUUACACAAUCCACAUGAUAGCAAUGUAACAGGAAGCUCUCUUAGUGGGGAUGAAAAUAAUUUGACUACAGAGACUUUGGUAAAAAUUCAGAGAGCAUUUUCUGAAUCUGGGAGUAAUCUUAAUGUAUUGAUAAAUCACAGGCAGUCAUCGGUAACUGAUGUGGCUAACAUAGAAUCAAAUGAAACAUCUGCUAUAGAAAAUAGCCCAGAGAAAAAUCUAUUUGAAACUAAUGAUUUAACUGUGAGAGAAUCAAAUGAAAAAUGUGAUCACUACACUUGUAAAGAUAAAAGUCAUUUUUCAGAAAGAGACUUCUCACCACAUCAAACUCAAAAAUUUGGUACAGAAGCAACUGUAAAGUGUUGCUCAACUCAGAUGAAAGUAGAACAUGAAGAAGAUGUUCAUUCAAAUAUGGCAAAAGAUAACUUAAGCAAAGAAAAAUGCACCAGUGAUGAACAAACAGAGAAACAGCAAUCUCCAAGCAAAAACCUAAAUACAAAAUUAAUGGAGAAUGAGAAUGUGAUUGAAGAGAAUUUACUGAAAUACACUGCUUCUGAGGAGGAUGAGGCUAAAUCCUCUUCUUCACAGCAGAGUGUGUAUAAUAUAACAAACAUGUCAAAACCUCGGCCUAGGAGAAUUGCUAAGCAGCAGUCCCUGGUAGAACCCUGUGAUAAAAUGGUUUCUGGAAGUUUACAAGUGACAGAGCAUGGAAAGGUUUCAGAUCACAUACAGUGGUUUAACAAGCUUUCUUUAAAUGAACCAAAUAGAACAAAAGUGAAGUCACCUCUGAAGUUUCAGCGUACACCUGUCCGCCAGUCUGUCAGAAGAAUUAAUUCUUUGCUGGAAUAUAGCAGAGAACCUGUCCGACGUAAGUUGGCAAGUCAGCUUGGUGAUGCAGCUUCUCCUCUGGUGAAAUCAGUGAGCUGUGACGGUGCUCUUUCCUCUUGUGUAAAAAGUACAGCAAAAGAUUCUUCUACUUCAUGUGCCAAAUCAGGUUCUAAGGAACAGAAGUCUACAUCUUGUGAAUCGUCAAAUGAUACAAUUUCAAAAUCAGGUGUAAAAUUAACAUCUCAGUCUUUCUCAAAAACAAAGAGGCACCCAGAUUCCAUGAAUCCUAAUCUUGCAUCUACCCGAGUUUGUAAACAGGGGGUGGUAUCUGAUUGCCAAAUUAAAAUUCCCUUGGAUGACCUGACUAAUCAUGAUAAUUUAAAGUCUGUUGUAAAUAUAGGCUUUUCUGCUGGGAAAAAUAACAGGGUCCUUAGGAAGCCAUCAGAAAGAGAAAGGGUCUGGUACAAAGGUUCCCCCAAAAAUCCUAUUGGAAAAGCUCAACUACUACCAACAAGCAAACCUGUAGACUUGUAAUUAGUAAAUGUUAUACUUGUCAUUAGUGUAAAUAAAAUUAGAAAUUGAUGUGAGUUACAGGAUAAUCUACAUGUUAGUUUGUGACUUGGGAUGAAUGUUAAGCAAUAGAUUUUCUCUGAACUAUUUUUAAUUUCACUGCACAAAGAACUUGGAUGUUCAUGCUUGUACAAAUGACUUUUUUCUUAAUUGUGGCACCUUUUAAGUUUUAUCAUGAUCUCUUAAAGCAGAGGUUACUCUACAUUUUUAAAGAAGUUACCUGGAUUUGUAAGAAAUUAGUUUUUGAAAAUUACAUGGUUUUUUUUUUUUUUUUUUUUUAAUUUGUGAUAGGAAAAAUGGAGCAAGUUGUGCCUGUUUCCUGUAUUCCUCCAGGUCAAAUAAGUUUUCUGCAGAAAAUUUCUACUUUGAAAAGGGAAAAAAUAAGCCCUGCAAAUAUUAUGUCUUAAAUUGGAUUAUUGUGUUUAUUAUCUUUACCAAAAUCACUAUAAAUUAAUUUGCUUCAAGGCUUCCCAGUACUUUAUUAUUUGGGGUAGAAUAAUUUGAUUGAUAUUGCCUACAGAUGUAUAAUGUGUUCAGUGAAAUUAAGAAUAAUGGCUAAGGCAGACUAAGGCAGAGUAAUGACUCAAGUGUGCUUAUGGGUUAUGAUAUAGAAGUAAUUGAUGAUUUUCAAGCCAUACUUUGUUUUUAAAGAUAAUUUGCACAAAUACACUUGUACCUGUUUAGUCCAACAUAAAAAUGGAUUAUUUAAGGAGGAAUAAUUAAAUUUGAAAAUAUUUAAUAAAGGUGAUUUUUUUUUUUAUAUAUUCAAGAUGCUUGAUUUUAGAAUUUGAAAUAGUUGAUGCACCUCUACAUUUUACUUGGGAUAAAAACCCUUCGAUUGUUUUGACUUGUGUGUAAAUGCUAUUUAUUUAGCAUAGACAUUAAAAAUAGCUUUCUGGAAAAUGAAUUGGCCAGAGACUGUUGAAAUCCAAAGUGCCAUUUAGAACUUAUACUAAGUUGUUGAGCAAAUCUGAAUGAAUUUAUAAUGUAUGUUACUAGAAAUGACAUCUUUAAAUAAAAGUACUAGAAGAAGGAAGAAGCACACAGAAUCAACCGUGAAGACAGUUUUGCAGGUCAGUUGUUAGAAUGCCAUGUUUUGAUGUUAUUUGGAGCAGAAUAGAGCAGUGUGGCACAGCAGUUGAAGCAGCCAGACUUAAGAUGUGUGUAUGAGGCGUUUCAAGUCAUCAGAUGUUUUAGUGACAGCACAACUGUUACUUCAAAGCUAUUUCAUGUUUCUGAGAAAGAAGCCAGUCAUUUAUUAGAACAAGUAUUUGAAUUAUCUGAAGACUGUAAAAAUAGUUAGAUAUAAACAUGUCUAUCUGUUACAAAAACAAGUUUGUAAUGUAAAUUAGGUCUGCAUUUCAGAUGUUUAUAGUAUUUCUAAUAAGAAAAGAUGAAAUAUUUGUACAUUCAGAUAUAUGUUGUCUGGAUUAAAACAGUUUUUUAGACUUCACUUUUGAAUUUGAAAAUGCAUUAAUAUAAUCUUAUAGCCAUAGAGGGGAGUAUGAAAUGUUGAAUUGGAAGAUUUUAAUUCAGUAAAGGGGUUUAGGAGAUUAACUGUAAAUAAUAUGAAAUGCUUUCUUUUCUGGAGCAUGAAUUAAUAACAAAAGAAGUUUAUUUAAAAAUACACACGUGCCACCCCCCUUUUUAUUAGCUGAAAGCUGUGAUGGAGAGGAUGAGAAUAGGAGCAAACAGCUUAGAGGGAUAUAGUUGGAGGAACAGUCAGGAAAGGUGAGUUUUUGACUUGAUUUGAUCUUUUAUCUUUUUCUCUCAUGUUUAAAUUUUCAUUUUACUUGAAAGGUAGAGAGACAGGAAGAGUUUCCAUCUGUUGGUUGAUUCCCCAAAUGCCCUGACCAUUUGGCCAGGCCAAAGCCAGGAGCCUGGUACUCAGUCCACAUAGGUGGCUGCGUCCCAAAUACUUGAGCCAUUACCUGUUGCCUUCCAGAGUGCUCAUUUAGCAGGAAACUGGAUUGGAAGUGGAGGAGCCAGGAGUCCAACCAGGCAGUCUGAGAUGCUGGUGUCCUAAGUGGUGACUACUAGUUGUUCCAAAUGCUUGCUCCUGUUUUCUUACAUAGCAUGGAGAUACUAAGUUUUCAAGUUAUUAAGCUAUGGGAUAUUUGAUCAAAGGACAUCAGAAGUGUCUGGACAUGAGCAGUAACAUCAAAUAUUCUUUUCACUUGAUAGUGUAAUUUUAAAGAUAUAAUAUUAAUUUGGUUGUUGAGAACAAUACAACAGAGUAUAUACAACUUACUUAAGUAGGCUGCUUGACAACAUCCUGUGAACACCAAGAAUUUAAAUCAGAGUUUUCAUAAUCAAGUCCAGGAUAUAUAUGCUACUUUGGAAAUAAAAAAAAUUCACAGAAGUAAAUUUUGAUGGAUUUCAGUCAAAGGUCCAUUUAAUACAGAACCAAUAGAUCAUGAAUUUCUUCAUUUUCCCAAGCAUAAAAUGAGGACAGUGCUAAAGUAAAAUUCAAAACUGGAAAACAAUGGGUGCCAGGUUCUAGUCCCGGUUGCUCCUCUUCCAGUCCAGCUCUCUGCUGUGGCCCAGGAAGACAGUGGAGGAUGGCCCAAGUCCUUGGGCCCUGCACCCGCAUGGGAGACCAGGAGGAAGCACUUGGCUCCUGGCUUCAGAUCGGCUCAGCUCCAGCCGCAGCGGCCAUUUGGGGAGUGAACCAACGGAAUGAAGACCUUUCUCUCUGCCUCUCUCACUGUCUAUCUGUCAAAUUAAAAAAAAAAAAAAUUUUUUUUAAAACCUGGAAAACUAUGUGUCAAUAAUAAAUACUGAGGGCUGGCACCGUGGCUCAACAGGCUAAUCCUCCGCCAAGUGGCGCUGGCACCCUGGGUUCUAGUCCCUGUCGGGGUGCCGGAUUCUGUCCCGGUUGCCCCUCUUCCAGACCAGCUCUGGUCUGGUCGGGAGUGCAGAGGAGGAUGGCCCAAGCACCUGGCUCCUGCCUUCGGAUCAGCGCGGUGCGCUGGCUGCGGCAGCCAUUGGAUGGUGAACCAAUGGCAAAGGAAGACGUUUCUCUCUCUCUCUCACUGUCCACUCUGCCUGUCAAAAAGUAAAUAAAUAAAUAAAAUUUAAAAAAUAAUAAUAAAUACUGAACUGCAACAGUCUUUGAAGCCGGAACCAAUACAUAGUUUUGGUUUUGUGGAUUUAACAUGAACUGAAACAAGAAGCAAACAGAGAAGAGCAGCUAUGGAAGAAAAAGGCCCAGGAGAAGGCUUAGCUUCAAAACAAGAGAUCUUGUGUCUUGUGAAUGAAUGUUGCUGGCCUCUCUGUUGCAUGAAAUUGUUACGGAUGGUAAGGGGUUUUUCCCACAGAGCUAAGGUGAAGAGACCUGAGUUCUAACUCCUUCAAGUUACUUAUUCUCAGGCCCCUGGUUUUAAUAGCAGCUACUACUAUUUACUUAUUUACUCAUCCCUAGUCUUGACAGAAAAAUUUUCAAUUCUGUGUUGCAUGGCUUUACAUUUCAAUUGUAUCUGAACAAAUCGCAAAAGUUCAGGAUUGCUCAGUCAUUUAACAAAAGUGGUCUAUCUGGAUGUAAUUCUGCAAUACUCUGGGAAUGUGGUUUCUCUUCAGGCCUGGUGAAUUUUAUUUGGUGGUUGUGAAAGUUUAGAAAUAAUACAGCUCAUACUCAGAGAUUUCUAGCAUUCUGAAUGAAAUACCCGCCCCCUAGUUUUCCUGCAAAAUAAAAGGGCCCCUGAAAGCAAUGUUUGCUACUACCAUUUAAAGUUCUCAGGAUUUUACCUUCUUCACUCCCACUAUUGCCUCUCCUUCUGACCUAAAGGACUUUAAAAAAGCAGUUCUAAGAACGUGACAAAAUUAAAAUUGUGGCGA